AUGUCUGAAGCAACAUUACUACAACCGGGUACGGUUAUUCGACCUACCGUCGACCAUGAAGCGGUCAAAUUACUGGUGGAAAGGCUGUAUGGUAUAUCGGUUUUGGAACUCACCGAAAUGAAUGGUUACGACGAUAAGAAUUACAAGAUUAUCGAAGAUCCAAACGUAAAGAAUCCUCUAAUUACAAACCACUCGCCUUUUGGAUAUGUUCUGAAAAUCAUGAACUCUAUGGACUCUAAAAAUGUCAGCUUCGUAGAAGCUCAGAAUGAGAUUAUGAACUUUUUACUGACGCGUUCAGUGACUUGCCCAAAGCCCGUGCGCAAUGUCUUCGGACAUUUACACUCGGUGGAAAACAUCGGUGGCAAGCAGCACGCAGUUCGUCUACUGGAGUUCGUACCAGGCGAGCUGUUGAAGGAUGUGCCUACGUCUGAGGCACUGUUCUACCAACUUGGAGAAUUUGUGGCUAAUUUGGAUAAUAAAUUACAGAACUUUAACCACUCGGGUCUGGUCUCCCGUGAGCACAUGUGGAUGCUAACCAAGGUCCCGGAUUUGGAAAAGUUCAAAUACGUCAUCAAGGAUACUGAAAAGCUCGAUUUGGUUGAAGAGGUAAUAGAAGAAUUCAAAUAUGCCAUAGUUCCUCGUCUAGAUGAACUAGAGAAGGGAGUGAUACAUGGUGAUAUCAACGAGAUGAACGUCCUCGCCACCUCCAAAGUACCAAACAGCAAAUCCGACUAUCGCAUUUCCGGUGUUCUGGACUUUGGUGACAUUCAGUACAGCUACUAUGUCUUCGAGCUGGCCAUCACUAUGACCUACGUGAUGCUGCUAUCUGGAGACCCUCGCUCGGGCGGCCUAGUGCUAGCGGGAUACACAGUCAACAGGAGAUUACCUGAUGACGAAUACCGCCUUCUUAAAACCCUGAUUUCAGCCCGUCUAGUGCAGAGCCUUACGUUGGGGGCUUACUCCAUUGUCCAAGACCCCAACAACCACUACGUUACCUCGACCGAGAAGGCAGACGGUUGGGGUUUGCUUAAGAAAUUACGAAAAUCAAAACCAAACCCAGAAGAUGACCCAACCGACUGGAAAGCCAUUGCUACUGAAUACUUAACUCGAAGUUAA